UUUUCAUCCUUCCGAUUGGCGCAGACCAUGAUUUUUGCCAUUGAAGAAAUAAACCAGAAUGAAAACCUCCUCCCGGGGAUCACACUCGGGUAUCAGAUCCACGAUGACUGCUCGUCCUCCGCGAUUGCCUCGAAAGCAGCGCUCGCUUUGAUCAACGGAGAAGAAGAAUUAAUUGAAUACCCGCAGUGUAGAGGUUCCACCAACGUCGCGGCUAUUGUUGGCUGUGAUAUAUCUACAAGCUCCAUCGUAGCGGCAAGGACAAUCGGAUCCUUCGGGAUUCCGCUGGUUAGUUACUUCUCCACCUGCUCCUGCCUCAGCGAUAAGCAAGAAUACCCCACAUUUUUUAGAACUAUACCCAGCGACGAGUACCAGUCCAAAAUUCUCGCUGAACUGGUGAGAACCUUUGGCUGGACUUGGAUUGGAACCAUUCGAAGUAACACCGAUUACGGUAAUUACGGAAUGCAAGGAUUUGUGGAACACGUGGAAAAGUUUGGGGUUUGCAUUGCGUAUUCUGAGUCAUUUUACAGGACAGACCCUGCAGAGAAAAUCAGAAAAGUUGUCCAGGUGAUUAAACAGGCGUCCACUAAAGUGGUGGUGGCCUUUGUUGACGUUGGUGAUAUGCGAAUUCUGUUGAACGAGAUUUGGCGUCAAAAUGUGACCGGUAUACAGUGGAUUGGGAGUGAAGGGUGGGUGACAGAAAAUCUUCUCCCUCCUGAAGAAAGAGCAAUUUAUCUCGCCGGGACAAUCGGUCCGGCAACCCGCAGGAAAGAGAUAGCUGACCUCAGAGAUUAUCUUCAUAAAGUCCAUCCUUCGAACUUUCCUGGCAGCAUUUUGGUGACGGAGUUUUGGGAAACUUUAUUCACUUGCUCUUUCACCACAGACAAUAUGACAAGCCCGGGGAAUUCCCCAGCUCACGUUCGGCAAUGCACAGGGAAGGAGCAGAUGGAAGGGAUAGAAACUGCCUACCUUCCGGCGAUAAUGGACGGGAGUUCUUACCACGUGUAUGAAGCGGUCUACUCUAUCGCUCAGGCCCUCCACGAUCUGCUGACCUGUGUAGAAGGCAACGGUCCCUUUGUGAAUUACACAUGUGCAAAUAUUUCAAAUUUUGAGCCGUGGCAGUUGCUCCACUACCUCCGCAUGGUGAAUUUCACAGCCAAGACAGGAGAAACGGUAUACUUUGAUGAAAAUGGUGACCCGGUGCCAAGAUACGAAUUCGUGAACUUGCAGACGAAUUUGAAGGGUACAGUUGACAUUGUAAACAUUGGGUAUUAUGAUGGUUCGGCUCCGCCAGGGCGCGAACUAACGAUGAAUGUCGGGGAUAUCGUGUGGAGCACUAGGGAAAAUACGAUCCCACGAGCACUUUGCUCAGAACCCUGUCUUCCUGGAACAAGAAAAAUAAGCCGGAAAGGGCAACCGAUUUGUUGUUUUGACUGUGCAGAGUGCGCCGACGGUGAGAUCAGCAACAUCACUGAUUCCACGGAUUGUAUCAAGUGUCCUUCGGAAUACUGGUCCAAUCAGCCAAAAACCCAAUGUGUUCUCAAGAAGGUUGAGUUUCUUUCCUCUGGAGAAGUUCUGGGCUUUGUAUUAGUGACGCUUGCUGCAGUGGGAGUGUGUUUUACAUUGGCCACCGCUGCGAUUUUCUACCGGUAUCGAGAAACUCCCAUGGUCAAAGCGAACAACUCCGAGCUCAGCUUCCUGCUCCUCUUCGCACUGAUGCUUUGCUUCAUCUGCUCGCUCACCUUCAUUGGAGAACCAUCCGGCUGGUCUUGCAUGUUGCGCCGCACGGUUUUCGGAGUUGUCUUCGUUCUCUGCAUUUCCUGCAUUUUGGGCAAAACCAUUCUUGUCGUGGUUGCCUUUAAAGCAACUCUCCCCAACAGCAGCGUGAUGAACUGGUUCGGACCCGCGCAGCAACGCCUGGGCGUGUUCAUCCUUACCUUUUUGCAAGGUGUAGUUUGCGUUGUCUGGCUUAGUGUGUCACCUCCCUACCCCCUGAAAAACAUCAGCUAUUACAGAGACAUCAUCAUUCUGGAAUGUGACGUGGGCUCAUUGACCGCCUUUUACUUCGUGUCGGCCUAUAUUGCCCUGUUGACCAUUGUGUGUUUAGUACUUGCUUUCCUUGCCCGGAAACUUCCGGACAGUUUCAACGACGCCAAGUACAUCACCUUCAGCAUGUUGAUCUUUUGUGCCGUCUGGAUAACUUUUAUUCCAGUUUAUGUGAGCUCUCCUGGGAAGUACACCGUGGCUGUAGAAGUGUUUGCUAUCUGGGCAUCAAGCUUCGGUUUGCUCGUCUGUAUUUUUGCACCGAAAUGUUACAUUAUCUUAUUGAAGCCGGAGAGUAACACGAAGAAACAUAUGAUGGCGAAGGGGACUUCACUGUAA